AUGAAUCUGGAAAAGGACAUGUUUUUGAAUCAUGAGUUAUUCCCAGAGAUAAGAUUCUAUGCGUUGAAGAACAAAAGCUUGUUUGGAAGAGUCUAUUCUAACGAGCUUUCCAGGAUGUUUAGGGCUAGGAAUAGCUUUAUCAACCAGGAUUUCUUCAAGCAUAUAGAUAUAUAUCUGAGUUUAGAGACUUUUAAUUAUGACAUUGAGAGUUUGCCUCGUUUUCUUGAAAGUUUAGAUUGCCCUUCUGAUAUUCCAAGUUCUUUCUUCAAACGACUUGACGACUUGUGCCGAUCUUCAGGAAGGAUUAGAGCGAUCAACAGUACAUUUGAAGGUAUUACACCUAAAUUUUCAUGUGAUAGUAUAUCUUCAAAGUUUCCCCGUCUGAUAGUUUCUGUUUGGGGUGCAAUUGCCUAUAAUACAAUUAUGAAUGGAGACAAUUAUCUCAAGGCUACGAUCAACAACAUUUGCGAAGUCAAAACGAUUGACAUGAAAGAUCCUUCCUUUGAAAUCUUAAAAUUAAAAUACAAUGAGGACAACUUAACGUAUUGCAAUCGUAUGACUACUACGGUUUUCAAUCUUUUCGAACAGCUUUACAAGUUGUACAAAUUGAUUGACGAUUCUCCAUCAGUGUGUGAUGAAGAUAUUGACUCAAAAGUAUCUGAAGCUGAUAAUUUGUACAGUAAAAUUCUCCUUCCAACAGAUAAAACCAAUUUUGAUGAACUAGUGGCACUUUAUCAUUACUCCAAACAACAAAUUCUGGGAAAUAAUGACACACAAGGAUUAUUGGCUGGAUUUACAGAAGCUAUAGAGUAUUUGAAUACGAAGAUGCAGGAGCAUACCUUUGACAGGAAGAACUUGAAAAGCUUUAUAAGUCUGGUUUGUAAACCCUAUAUGCAAAGUAUAAUGGAUUUUUGGUCUCAUAACGAUGAAGUAUACCAUAAGCUGGAUGCAAUCUACAAGGGAGUUUCAGAAAGUACAGGGGAAUACUUUCAAUGCUUUCUACCAAAGAGUAUAAUUGGGACUAUGUAUGACUGCGGUUUGAAGAAUCUUUGUAAUAUAUUUGACUACAAACCAGAGCCUCAAAGAGACCAAACAUACUGUAUAAUGAGAGGAAGGAAUUUUAGUUUUCUGUUUGACCCCGAUAGUGUUCACACUCUAGAGAUAUCCCAAAACUUGACGAAAUAG